AUGACUGAAGAAUUGGCUCAACAGCUUGAAAUAUCCAAGUCACAGACUAUUAGUCCGGAAGAAAGACUUGAAAGUACCAAAUACUUGCAGUCAGUAUACGAAACUCCUGAUUCUACCUUUAUUUUACUUGAAAUUUUAACUGAUCCGAAGUACCAAGAAAUUCAUAAUGCCGCUGCUGUCGCAAUGAAUACUUGCAUCAAAAACAACUACGAAAAACACUAUUUGAACACAGAGCACGCACUUCAACUAAAGGCACAGAUUCCUUUAUUGAUCCGCCAAAGCACAAACUACAAUGUAUCACGUUUGGUAUGCUAUGCUAUACAAUCAAUACUUAAGUUUGACGCUGCAGAAUGGCCAGAAUUAAAAGAUUUGAUUCAAUUUUGGUUACAAAAUCAAAAACUCGCGUUGGCAGCUACUCUUCUUUCAAACAUUGCAGAAGUGAUACCAAUUGAAUCAUUUGAUCAGUACAUGGAUUUCAUUAUUGAAGGAUUGAACUUAUGCUUAGCAAAUGGAGAGCUUCCGUUAGUUGACACAAUUACUCCAGCAUUACCACCGAUCUUCCACACUUUUCCGGACGAUGAUCCCCAUAUUGCUCAGUUAAUUCCAACCUUUAACCAAAUUCUCGAAUUUUUCAUACAAUCAUUACUUCAAACAAAGUAUGUUUGCCGUAAGACAGCAUCUGCUAUUGCAAACUGCUUCCUUUCUGGCAAACUCGCUUCAAUUUCUCAAGAAUGUUUCUCAGAACUACUUAACCUUGUAUCUCAAGAAGAUUUUUCACCAAUAAACUACACCGUUGUGUUUAUGAUACUUGAAUCAAUGCUCGGAUCAAGCGGAGACGUAAUUGAUGACAUGAUUCCAAAUUUGGCCCAAGCAAUCAUCAAUUGCGCAUCAAAAGCAAUCGAUGAAGAUGAUUCCAGAUUCAUUGUCAUCAUAAGUGAAACAGCUUCUGGUGUUUAUCCCGAUUCAUUCUUCAAAAUUUUGUUUGACAACUUGAAUUUUGAUGAUGAACAUAUAACGAUAUCAGCAAUGGCAGUUGCCUUCUCCAUUGAAACCAAUAUUGGCCCAAUAAUGUCAAUCCUUUCCGAUAUUUUUUCAUUUAUUGAAAAAUAUUCAGUUUGUGAGAUAGAAAAAGCAGCAUUUUACACAUUAUUAGCUGCUACAGAGCUCGCAAACCAAUUCACACUUGAACAAAGUGAACAAGCUUGUCAAUUAGUGAAAAUUUUACUUCCUUCAUUACAAUCGACCAUUGACGAUAACAUUGAACAAUCACUUAAAGCAUUAUCAGCCUGUUUCCACAGUUCAGCCCUUCCUGAUUAUAUUUUUGGCCCAUCAUUUGAAUCUGUCAUUCCUCUUGUCCAAUCUGAGAACAAAGAGGUUUCCCAUGAAGCAGUUCAUUGUGUGGCCAUGAUGAUAUACUCAGCAAGAGACGGAAUCGAAACUUUUGCUGAUGUUCUCAUUCCGAUCGUUUCUCAAGGCUGCCAGAUCAGCGAAGAUGAAGAUCCGAUUCUCAAGGCCGAAUGUUUGGAGUCCGUCGCUAUGAUGAUUCGUUUUUGUCCCGAAAAACUUGGAGAUAAUGCACAGUGGCUCAUAGAAUUGCUUCUUAAGAUAGGAAAUACACCCGAUGACUACCUUAGAAGGAGUGUCGUCACAUGCUUUGGCAAUUUGGUCGAAUGCUGCUGCCCUUAUUUAGAAAAUGUUGCUAAUGAGCUCCAUUCCUUCCUGGAUUUCUGUUUCUACGUAAAUGUAGAAUCCCCUGAUCCCGAAAAUGAUGACGAAUCUUUAGUCAGAGAAUCGGCAAUCGAAUGUUUAGAUUCUGCUUUAAGAGUUGUCAGAAUCUUAUACAGAAAGAUGCCUCAAAUAUGUCCAGAGGACCCACAUCAUUUCGUUGAAGGCGCUCUGAUCCUUGGAAGAGACGCUCCAUCUGAUGUAUUAGUUUUCCCGGCCAUGGCUUGCGUUGCAGAAAUUCUUGUAGUUACUAAAGAUGAAAAUGUAGCUAAUGAACUCGCAACAGCGAUCCAAAGUUGUUUGAGCGGAGAAAAUCCUCUCGCCGCUGCAGGAGCCUUCCAUUGCUUGAACAUUUUAACUAAGAGACACUAUGAAGGUAUUGACCAAUGGCUUCAAUUCUCUCUUCCUUCUGCAAUGCUCGCAGUUAUCAAAAAUCUUCCUUCCCAAACAGCGAACGCCAAUGAAUAUGCUGAUGAAUGCGACUCUAGCGACUCAAGCGAUGAUGGCGAGUUGCUUAUGGACUCAGAAAGAGAAAUAAUUGUCCGACCACUUUAUAAAUUCCUUGUAUCCGCCGUCAGAAACUAUCCACAAUUAGUUGAAACUGAUAAAUUACUCAAUAAUACGAUCAAAGCAGCAGGAUGGGCAAGAAAUAGAGCUAAAAAUAAUCCAGAUGCAAACAAGACAGAUUUGGAAGAAAUCCAGAAUAUCUGUUCACUAUUAUUGUCUGUUUAUGAGACAUCGCAAAAGAUUCCGACCGUUUUUAAGAAGAAUAUCAUUAAUGUUAUUGUCAACGCAAUAUUAGACAUUGAUUUCACAUUCUUCCCAACAUCAUUGGUCGCUGCAAGAGUAAUUUUCGAAAGAGAGCCAAAAGCUAUUGAAAUUGAAAAAUUCUCCGAAAAAAUUAUUGAAAUUUUUGAGAUCGAACCAGGCAGUGAAAGGUAUUAUUGGGCUACAUCUGGAUUGGCAACAGCAUUCAUCUGUUCUAUGAUGGAUAAAUCGAAUGAUUUCGAUUAUGAAACUUGGAUUCCACCAAUUCUCAUGAGAUUGCCACUUAGAGCCAUGAAUAUGCCAUACGAUUUCAUUUAUUCUCAUGUUGUCCGCAUGACGACGAUGGAAGUUGCAGAACCAAGUCAAAUUUUCGCAAUUUUCGCAAAAGUUUUAUCAACAUCACAGAGAUCAUUUGAAAUGCUUAAUUUAUCUCAGGACACAAUCAAUGGCAUGAUUGCAUUCACUAAGAACUUUGUUGUUCAAAACGGAGAACAAAUUCUUUCUGAAGUUUUGUCAUCUGAGCAAGAAAUGGAAAGACUUAUCGCAAGACUUGGCUAA